AUCCGCGCGGCCCAGCGGGCGCCCAGAAGGAGCAGGCGGCGCGGGGGCGCGCUGGGCGUGGGAGGCGUGGCCGGAGCCGCAGCGGCCCGCGGGCUGGGACUGCUCGGCCGCCUCCUGCCCGGCGAGCAGCUCAGACCAUGUCGCCUGAAGAAUGGACGUAUCUAGUGGUUCUUCUUAUCUCCAUCCCCAUCGGCUUCCUCUUUAAGAAAGCCGGUCCUGGGCUGAAGAGAUGGGUGGGCAGCUGCUGUGGCCGGGGCCUCACCCUGUUCACUCGUGGCCCCCACACUUUGGUGCAUUCUCUGAUCACUAUCCUCUUGGGACCUGGGCCUCAUUCAGGCCCAGCCCCGUGAGAAUUCUGCUCCUGCCAUGCCCUGGCUCUGGCCUGGACCUUCUCCUAUCUCCUGUUCUUCCGAGCCCUCAGCCUGCUGGGCCUGCCCACUCCCACGCCCUUCACCAAUGCCGUCCAGCUGCUACUGACGCUUUGAAGCCUGGCCAGUGAAGUCCAGGACCUGCACCUGGCCCAGAGGAAGGAAAUGGCCUCGGGUUUCAGCAAGGGGCCCACCCUGGGGCUGCUGCCCGACGUGCCCUCCUUGAUGGAGACGCUCAGCCACAGUUACUGCUACGUGGGAAUCAUGACAGGCCCAUUCUUCCGCCACCGCACUUACCUGGACUGGCUGGAGCAGCCUCCCGGGGCCGUGCCCAGCCUGCGUCUGCUGCGCCCGCCUGGCCGGGCCCCGCUCUUCGGCCUGCUGUUCCUGCUCUCCCACCUCUUCUCGCUGGAGGCCGUGCGCGAUCGCCUCUACGCCCGCCGCUGCCCGCCCCGCCUCUUCUACAUGAUCCCCGUCUUCGCCCGCAUGCGCCUUCACGUGGCCUGAUUGCCGCCGCAGUGCGGCUGCAUUGCCGCGGCUUUGGGCCUACCCGUGGCCGCUGCAAAGCCCGGGCCGGGGCGCCCCACCCUCCAAUGCCCACCCCAGCAGGGCGCUGUCACCUCCCGCAGCAUGGUGAACUGCCCUCUGUCACAGGAAAAGGUGUUGAUGGCUCCUCCCAUCAUCAGAGGCCACCAAGCCUAUAUGGGCCGCUUUCCCACUGCUGGGGCUGUCGGCACGAAAGGAUUUAGGAACCACUUCCGGAGGAAGGCGGCUUCCCCUGAGUAUGACUAUGAGACUAUCCGGCACAUCGACUGCUACGGCACAGAUUUCAUGCGGCGGUGCGCUGAUGGCAUGUGUACUGGAAUAUGACGGUGGUGGCUGGCGCAGUAUAUCUACAAGAGCGCACCUGCCCGUCUCAUGUCCUGCGGAGGAGAGGGCUCCCAGCAGGACUGGGAGCGCCUGACCAUGCUGCUGAGCUUUAUUUGGCACGGCCUCCACCAAGCAUUACAGAGCUUCCUGACCAUCCCUCUGUGCCUGGUUGCCGAGGCCGGCUGGAGCCUUCUGCGGGGGCGGUUGAGCCCAGGGGGCCAGAAGGCCUGGGACUGCACUGGUCUCUGAAGAUGCCACGGCGACUACAUGUGCAUGGGCUUCAUGUUGCCUUUGGCCGACACGCUUCGGUACUGGGCCUCCAUCUACUUCUGUAUCCACUUCCUGGCUCCUGAAGCCCUGGGCUGGGUAUUUUGGGGUGGGGGCAGCCUGCCGGCGGGGAAGGCAGCAUCCCAGCCCACCAGCCUUGCUCCCGAGAAGCUCCGGGAGUAA